GAAGCCAACGGAAAGAGGCUGCGAUGAAAACAAAACGACGCUCACAAGAACGCCUUUUUCGUAGCAAUUUAAACAACAUUUGCAUUUAUGACAACAGUUUUCGUCUAGAUAUAAACUGAUUUUACACUUUUAUUUAUUUAGAUAGACCAAAUAUAUUCCUCUAUUUUACGUCAAAAGUAUAACAAAUCAUAUUAGCUUAGCAUUAGCUGUCAAAAAGCCAGCUAGCUUAGCUUCUCCCGGGAAUUCUGACUGAAUUCUGAGUUCAUCAUCGACAACUUUAACAAUAACAAACAACAAUGUCGGACGAUUAUGAAUUCAGCGAUGACACCACUAUGAUGAGAAUGGAAGAGGAUGGAGAGGCAAACAGCGAUGACCCGAUGUCUGCAACCGGGGACUGUGGCCUGAUGGGGGGCGAGGCCGAGGGAUCAAAGAUUGACGCCAGUAAAAACGAGGAGGAUGAGGGGAAGAUGUUUGUAGGAGGGCUCAGCUGGGACACCACUAAGAAGGACCUGAAAGAUUAUUUUUCCAUAUAUGGGGAAGUUGUAGACUGCACUUUAAAACUGGACCCCAUGACGGGCCGCUCGAGGGGCUUUGGCUUUGUCCUCUUCAAGGAACCUGAUAGUGUCGACAAGGUUGCCACACAGAAAGAACAUAAACUCAAUGGAAAGGUCAUUGAUCCCAAGAAAGCCAAGGCGAUGAAGAGCAAGGAGCCUGUUAAGAAGAUUUUUGUUGGUGGUCUCUCUCCCGACACCCCUGAAGAGAAAGUCAGAGAGUACUUUAGUGCCUUCGGAGAGCUGGAGUCAGUUGAACUUCCCAUGGAGAACAAAACAAACAAAAGGAGAGGCUUCUGCUUCAUCACCUUCAAAGAGGAGGAACCAGUUAAGGGGAUCAUGGAGAAGAAGUACCACAAUAUUGGACUGAGCAAGUGUGAAGUAAAAGUGGCAAUGUCCAAGGAGCAGUACCAGCAGCAGCAGUACUGGGGGGGCAGAGGAGGGUACUCUUCUAGGUCUCGAGGAAGAGGCGGCGGUCCCAAUCAAAAUUGGAACCAGGGUUAUGGCAACUACUGGAAUCAAGGCUAUGGGAAUUAUGGCAAUUAUGGUUACGGAGAUCAAGGCUAUGGAGGCUAUGGAGGCUAUGGAGGCUAUGGAGGCUAUGGAAGCUAUGAUUACCCUGGUUACAACAACUAUUAUGGAUAUGGUGACUACAGCAUAGAUCAGUCUGGUGGAUAUGGCAAGUCGCCGCGGCGCGGUGGCCACACCAACAGUUACAAGCCGUAUUAACAGAGGGAACUCACCUUCAAGUAGCGGAGCUUCCUUGCAGGCCAUGAGCUGACCCCAGAUACUCUCAGGGCCCGCUCAAUGCGGACCGGGUACGAGAAGCAUACGCUCUCGAAUGCUGCCAUUUGGUAUGGUCUUACAACAUCCUGUAUCAGCAUUUCUAAACUAAACAAUAUGGGACACGUCCAGCUUUGUCAUCUUUCUUUCCAUUUUGUAUUUCUUUGCAACUGUUUGUAAUGUAAAACUUAAAAUAUACACAUGUAAUUUUCAUUUUUUACAGGCCCCCCCACAAGUAAUGAUUUUGUAAAUAUGUAAAAUUAACUAUUUGCUUUUUGAAGGAUACGUACAGCAUUCUCUGGACUUUCCAGUUCCUAUUGUUAAUAUAUGCAUUCCUAAUCUUAUCUUUAAUGCUUGUUUCUUUAUUUAGCUCUUGUAGCCAGUAGUCCAUGAGCUAAAUCCUGGUUGGUAUUUGGACGAGACUGUGUUGGGGGGAUAAAGUUCUUAACUUUGUGUACAUGUAUUGCUCUGUUUUGUGUUACUGACAGCGAUGGAAAGAGCUCCUCUUUGGUUAAUUUUCCUGUAACGACAACAUUUUUCUCUUUAUAACCUUUUGUAAAACAAGACGUUUCCUGAAAUUUGCAUGUAAUGUUUUCUGUAAUGUGUAUUUUUUGACCAAUCGAAGAUUUCUUCCAUUUAGUAUUUUGACUUCUUCAAUUUACUGCACUUCAGGAUUUCUAGCUUAUGGACUAACUUUUGUUACUGUAAAAUGUUAAAGUUCUCAUUUUGGUUUUUACAUUGUAAACAAGGGGGAUUCCUUUUUAUUUAUAAAUGAAGCGUUUUGUGUUCAUCUAUAGCUGAUUUGUGUUGUUUGUUUUCCGUAGGGUUCAGAGUGAUGAAAGGCAGCAGAGUGAAGGUUUCCAGCUGAGAGCACUAGCUGAUUGUAAGGACAAAAUGAAGAGCACUGACCUACAGUAACUCUCCUCAUCAUUUACCGGAGUAUUCUUAAACGUUUGAUGUUUUGCAUUUAUUUAGAUUGCUGCAAAGUUUUAAAGGUCCCAUGUCAUGGCCAUUUCUACUGAUCAUAAUUCCAUUGUUGAGGUCUACUAGAAUAGAUUUAUAUUGUGCAAUUUUCCAAAAUCUCAUUGGUUUCUCAUACAGCUUCUCUGUAUAGUAUGUGUAUUCACUCUCUGUC